AUGGCCGACUCUGAGCGCAAAAACAUCGUCAUUGUCGGCGGUGGCAUCAUCGGCUGCACGACCGCAUACUUCCUGACCCGCCACCCAAAAUACAAUCCUGACCUGCACAGCAUCCACCUCCUCGAGGCCACCGGUAUUGCCAGCGGCGCUUCAGGCAAAGCCGGCGGGUUAUUAGCGCUGUGGGCAUACCCCCAAUCUCUUGUGCCGCUCAGUUUCAAACUCCAUGCAGACCUUGCGAAGGAGCACGACGGGGCGCGUAGAUGGGGCUACAGAGGCGUAGGGGUGGGUCAGAUCGAAUUGAAGGGCCGGCAACUCACUGGCCACGAGAACGUGAUCGCCCAAAGGGGUGUCGUGGAUGGUGAGGCCCAUUCCAGUGAUCCCACCAGCCAGGUCGACGGCAAGGGGGACGACAUCCGCGGCAUUCAUCGCGCCGACGUAGCCAGCGACGGGAACGUGAAUCCAGAGUCGGACCCCUCACGCGUGAGUCUCCAGAAGAGGAGCCAAGCCUCGUACGCCAACCUGCGCAAGGCCGGCCUCCCAGACGACCUGGACUGGGUGGCCGACGAAUGCGCCCUCGCGUACGAGAGUAUGGGCUCGCCAAGGGAUACCGCGCAAGUCCAUCCCUAUCAGUUCACGACAUCAAUGGCAGCGCUGGCGGAGGAAAGGGGUGCACGUAUCGUUGUCGGAGUCAGUGUCGAUACCAUCGAACCAGCCCACUCAGACUCAGGGCACGUGGUGCACUAUACUCGUGGCGCUACCGGUGCAGGUAACGGUGCCGACAACGCAGGGGAACCGCAAGCGCAAUCUCUACACGCCACAGACGUGAUCAUCACGGCCGGCCCGUGGACACGCACCGUCUGGCCAGGCACACCCAUCUCAGCGCUAAGGGCACAUAGCGUGACGAUCCGACCCUCGCGGCCCGUGUCGGCGUACUGCCUCUUCACGUCGCUGUUGCUGCCCAAGAAGUUCAAGCCCCACGGCAAAAGCCGAGCCAGCCACGUCACGCCCGAAAUCUACGCUCGGCCGAACGACGAGCUCUACGCGUGCGGCGAGGGCGAUCACCUCGUCCCACUCCCUCGGUCGACUGCCGACGUCGAGGUCGACGACUCGCGGUGCCAGGACAUUGUGGACUAUUGCGCCAGUUUUUCGGACGAGAUGCGCGACGGACACGUGCUGGUCAGGCAGGCGUGUUACCUGCCGCAGGUGGAGAGGGGGAGUGGGCCGCUUGUGGGCAGGACGAACACCAAGGGGGUUUUCAUCGCGGCGGGGCAUACGUGCUGGGGCAUUCAGAAUGGGCCGGCAACUGGUAAACUGAUGAGUGAGUUUGUGUUUGAUGGGAGGGCGGGGAGUGCGGAUGUGGGAAGCUUGGAUCCAAGGAGGGUGUUGCGGUGA